AUGAAGCCUCAAUUUACAGUGCAGCUUUUCAUAUUAUUUUCUUCAUUUCUAGACGAACCCCUUCAUGAUAAUAAGGAGCAACGAGUUGUACUCAAAUUUUCUGAAGAAAUUAAAUAUUUAGCUGUCCAAUGUCUAUCAGCCGUUUUACCUGCAAAAUUUAAAGAGGGUAGAUAUGAUUCAUUUUCAAGCUCGCCUUAUUUUCAAUUAUCACAAACACUUCAAGAAGAUUUUUUUGUACCAAUUGCAUCACAAUGUAUUAUGAAAUUACUCAAUACAAUUAGAUACGAACAAAAUAUGGAUCUCAGACUUGAAUCAUUAAGAUUGUUAUCUCAAUUACUGCAGGAUAAUUUACGCGAUGUUGAUAUCUUAGUCUUGUCUUUUCCUGGAACAAUUUCAAGUCUUUGUGCUACUAUAUCCCAGAAGUUCGAGAAAGAAAAUCAUCAGAUCAUGUGUAGUGCUUUAACAACUCUUGGGGAAUUAAUACAAGCUGUGAUGUGUGACGACAAGAACAAGACCCUUUCAGAAAUUCAUUCAUUCAGCGAUAUUUUUUUGAAUAAAGAGAAGGAUACUGACACAUCAGCCAUAGACGACAGCAUUAAGUUUCUUGUCAUGCAUAUCGAUGAUGAUUAUAAUGAAGUAUCUGUUACAUGUCGUAUUCGUAUGCAAUCCUUAUUAUCUCUACCUGCUUUCGAAAAAUCUAUUAUGCCAAUAUUGAAAAAUAAUUUAUAUGAUUGGUUCAUGAAAUUUCCUCAGUAUGUGAUAUCAAGAGACGAGCAUGAAAAGAUAGUUGCUAUGUCUAUCAUAAGUGGAAUAAUCCUACUUUUAAGGGAUCAGUCAGAGAGAGUAUUUUCAACUGCCCUGAGUCGUGCCUCCGAUGGGUGGAUGACAGCACUUGAAAUUGAUAAAGAAAGCCUUCAUGUUUUGGAAGAAAAACAAAGUGAAAGAUAUAUUGAGCUUAAGUCUGAUAAGAUGCAGUCCUCCAUACCUGUUUAUCCAAAAAUCCGAUUCAAGUAUUUUGCUACUGAUACAAGUACAAAUAAGCUCAUUCGAUUAUUAAAUAUUAUUGGAAAAUGGUGCGACCUACAAGCUUGGAUCAAUCAUUUCAUGAGAUAUGUCUCAGUAAAUAUUAAUGAGUCCAAUGACCCUCAAGCUGUUUAUAUUGUCCACGCUUUAUUGUCAGGUGCACUUGCUGAUGAUUUAGAUCCAGUAACCGAAUCGGACAGUUGGAUGAUUGAAAAAGAAACAUGUAAAGGCAAAAAUGAGCUUCUUAAAAUUAUUGCAAUCCAGUUGCUUAAUGAUACAAUGAACAUUCUCAUUAAUGCUGCUGCAACCAACAAUAAAACCCUUUCGCUAAUAACAACAGCUACUUCAUCAUUCCAAUUGGAUGAGGAAGCCGGCCAUGUAUUAACUGUUUGUUUUGGAUUACAAAUUGUUGGAUUAAUAACCUGCGUAAUUGAUCGUGACUAUUUACAAGAUCAACUGAUCACCAUACUAUAUCCCUUACUUGCUCAUCUAGGAUCGCCUAAUGUAUAUAUUCAUACAUAUGCUUUAAUUACAUUAGAUACAAUAUCACAUACUUGCGGAUUAAAUAAUGCAAGAGAACUUGCAAUUCAAAAUAUUGAUUACAUUAUUAAUAUGAUAUCACAACAUAUCUCUGUUCUUUCAAACAAUGCCCGAGUGCCAUUAGUAUUAAAGGCCCUGAUUCAUGUAGGAGGUUAUGAUACUAUUAAUUAUUUGGAUGAUACAGUACAAGAAAUUUAUGAUGCUUUAGAACGCUAUUCUGCCAAUGACUGGAUUUGUGCUCAAUUGUGCAGUGUACUUUUUGAAAUUAUACAGAUUUUAGAAAAAAACGUUCUUUUUAAUCCCGAUAAACAAAUCAAUACUAAUAUUAAUAUUGCAACUGAAAAUAGUACAAAUGCAUCUGCAGAAAUUAUGUUAUUUAUCAAUGAUGCUAAAGAUAAUAUACAUAAUGUAGAUGAAGAAUAUAAAACAAUGGAAGAAAUUGGCAAAUACUUUUUAGAUAGACAAAAGAAGGGUUUACAUGAUAACAUGACAAUAGAAAAGGCGUUACUAGAA